CCCACUCCAAUCCAGCCCAAAAAGCAGCCAGCCGGGCCUAGGGUUUACGAGCGCCGCAGUACUAUAAAAGCUCGCCCCCAAAACUCGCCCCGCUACCGCAGCCGCCACACACGACGAACACCGGGACGAAGCAGAUCGGCGGCGCGUCACUCCAAUCACCGGUUAGGAUAAAUGGCGACGGUUUCGGAUUCUCUGGUCUGGGAGCUCGUCAGGAAGAACAACUGCUUCCUGAUCAAGCAGUUCGGCAACAGCAAUGCCAAGGUCCAGUUCAGCAAGGAGCCCAACAACCUCUACAAUGUCCACUCCUACAAGUACUCUGGCCUGGCAAACAAGAAGACUGUGACUGUGCAGCCAGCUGCUGAUAAGGAGAUGACCGUGGUCCUCUCCACAACGAAGUCAAAGAAGCAGAACAAGCCUGCUGCCUUCACCCACAAGACUGUCAUGCGCAAGGAGUUCCGCAAGAUGGCCAAGGCUAUCAAGAACCAGGUCAGUGACAACUACUACAGGCCUGACUUGACCAAGCCUGCUCUUGCAAGACUGAGCGCUGUUUACCGCAGCCUCCAGGUUGCCAAGUCCGGUGUCAAGAAGAAGAACAGGCAGUAAGCACUGAGGGGCCAAUGAGCUUGUUUUGUGGAUCUGUUGGUUUAUGUUUCCAGCUUUUUAGAUUUGUUCUAAGAGUAUGGAGAUUGAAUAUGAUGAAUGGUGUGCUCCGCAUACUGGCACAAGUUUUCUCAGUAGGUUCUAUAUCUGUACCCAUGACUAUGUUGUGAAGCCUCUUGAAAUCAUUUUCACAAUUAUUGGCUUUCCACAUUAAUUGUUUUUGCUGAA